CUAAAAGAGCUUGGCCAUGCGAGACCACUUCACAUCCCGUGCCUUGGCCUUCGCCGUGUUGUUGGAAUGGCGGACCUCGACGGAACGGGCAGUGACGUUGCUGUCUCUGGGCUCGAUGGCGCGGGCAGUGAUAUUGCUAUCCCUCUUCAUCUUGAGGUGUCGGAUCUCCUGGGCCAGUUCCAGAGCCCUGGGCUCGGCGACGUUGACGUCGCCCAUAUCCCCAAUCGCUCUGGCCUUGACGUGGACCUGGGGGUCGAUAACAGCGGCAGUGGCAGCGAAGGCCAGGACGAGGUAGGUGAAGAACUGCAUGAUGAGCGAGCGGACGAUGAUAAUGAUGACGAAGUUGUCGAAGCGAGGUAGUGAUUGUUUCCUGGUAUAGUUGAAGUGGACGGCGGGUAAAGACAGCUUGGAAAUUAGAAUAGAAAUAAUGAAAAUGGCACAGCCACUAAGUGAAAUACAGCAGAUGGAGUGUAUUGGACGGAGAAGAUGGAUAGUAAGUCUCGACCUUGACGCAGAGAGACCAAGGACGACGCUGCUUCUUCUACCUGUAGGCUUCGAACGAUAUAUGGAGCAUCAUAAAAGUUCCUUCACUCAUUGUAUCAUCUACGCCGAGUGGCUUCUAUUGAUCGACUUCAUUGGCGAUGGGGGGACCAUGGGAGGAGCACUCUGUUCCGGCGCAUAUCUGGACAAGCUGCUGAUUCUAGUAGAAGUAACCGCCGAUCAUUCCUUCUUCCAUGGUUUAAGCUUCUUUUCCAUACCGGUUCCUGAACAUCCUCAUCACAUCCGAACCAACAGGCUGUCUCACAAUGGGCCGCAAAGCAGGGUCAACAGUCAGGGCCGUUGGGGCUCAGGGCCCAGUCCACCCCGUUCAAACCAGAUUCCCCCAAAGUCCACCUCUGCUGUGGGGUACCAACUACCGGGCGCUUGCAGGUCCGAACUUCUGGACGUGGGGCUGGUAUCCAUUUUGGGAAAAGAUGGGAUGAAGGCGAGACAAAGCACGUUCGGCGCAUUCUGGGCAUUCUGCGCAGGCUCCUGAAAAGACGUCAAUACUGGAUCCUGCUCUGCAAAAAGUUUUGUGUUUUGAUG